AGCCGCGACUCGGUAGCGAAGUCAUCUGCCGAAAGUCAUCACUUUUCAUAUAUUUAUGUUCAGUAUUUGAAUCGUGUUAAACCAUUUUGAGUAAUAAAACUUGUUAAAUUAGAUUAAAUUAUAUAUUGUUCAAAAAUUAUAUGAUCAAAAAAAAUUGUUUUAAAAUUUUCAAACAGUGAGUUUGUAAGUUAGCAAAGUGAAUAAUGCAUGUGUUAGGAACUGUGGUGUGAAUUAGUUGUGAAAGGUGCGCUUCACCAGGCGAGCUGUCUGCCUUCUGGGAGAAGCAUCGGCCGGUCUUGGCCGUCCGCAGAAUGGGCACGGGAGAUCGCCUGCUGGACAUUCCUUGCAACGUUUGUGGAGACAGAAGUUCCGGAAAACACUACGGCAUUUACAGUUGUGAUGGGUGUUCGGGUUUCUUCAAGCGGUCGAUCCACAGGAACCGCGUGUACACGUGCAAGGCGGGCGGCGAGAUGAAAGGCCGAUGUCCCGUGGACAAAACUCACCGCAACCAGUGCCGCGCCUGCCGCCUCGCCAAGUGCUUCCAGGCCAACAUGAACAAGGACGCGGUGCAGCACGAGCGAGGCCCGCGCAAGCCAAAGCUGCAUGCGGGCUCGCUGGGCGCGCUGCCGCCGCCGCUGGCGCACAAGCCGCACGCACUCAAGCUGUCCCCGCCCUCGUCCUACACGCCGCUGCCGCAACCCUUCAGCUUCCAGUUCAGCAUAAGCGGAGGCAGCGAGCAGGCGCCGCUGAGCACGGCGUCGUCGGCGGGGUCGAGCGGAGCAGGCGGCGGCGCGGGCGCGGUCAGCCCGCUGCCGCUUAUGGCCGAGCCCUUCCUCGCUCCCCCGCCCCCUGGCCUGCUGCACAUACUUAUGUCUUCUGAUAAAUGUCAGGAGUUGAUGUGGAGUGCCAAGCAGCUGCAACUGCAGGGAGACCCGACGCUGCUGAGGCCGCCGCCGGGCGCCUUCGGAGCGCCGCUCGCGCCUUCCUGGGAACUAUUACAAGAGACGAGCGCGCGACUGCUGUUCAUGGCCGUGCGUUGGGUGCGGUGCCUGGCGCCGUUCCAGGCACUGGCGCCGAGCGACCAGCUCGUGUUGCUGCGCGCCGCUUGGAAGGACCUGUUCCUGCUGCAUCUGGCGCAGUGGUCCGCCCCCUGGGACCUGGCGCCGCUGCUGGCCGCUCCGUUGGCGCGCGCGCGCCUCCCACCUGAACCCCUCGCUGACCUGGAACUCAAUACCUUACAGGAAAUUCUAUGCCGGUUUCGACAAAUUGCGCCAGACGGUAGCGAAUGCGGUUGUAUGAAAGCUAUUGUUCUUUUUUCACCUGACACGCCGGGUUUGAGUGAGACGCAACCAGUGGAGAUGUUGCAAGACCAAGCGCAAUGCAUUUUAGCAGACUACGUGCGAACUAGAUAUACGAGGCAGCCUACGAGAUUCGGGCGUCUUCUGUUACUACUGCCGUCAUUACGCGCGGUGCGAGCGCGGUCCAUAGAGCUGCUGCUGUUCAGAGACACAGUAGGAGACGUGUCUGUGGCGACGCUGCUGCACGACAUGUACCGGCUGCAGCCCGCCCCCGCGCCCGCCUUCGCCCCGCCCCCCGUCACCACCGACCACUGCGCUUCACCCUAGUUCAAAAAGUUAGAGGAAUCAUGAGACAGCUGGACAUGUAGAUUGGAUUAUUUUAGGAUUUAUAUUAAAAAAACCAUUUGGUUGCCGAUUAUGACUUUGUCUUUCACCGGUCAAUAUUUAUAGGUGGUUUCAGUUGGAAACCUUGUUGAUUAAUGUUUUAUAUAAGUAAUUAAAGGAGAAGUUUAUUAGAUUUUUGUAAAUAUUGUAAUAUCCUUAGCUUUGUAAAAGAUAAGUUUGGUAGGUAUAGAGAACCCACACUGCCAAACGUUAUUUAUACAAUUAUAACAUUACCCAAUAACUUUGUUAAAUAUAAAUUGCAUUACACAAUAAACCAUUAAAAGCACAAUACAUAUCAAUUCAAGCAUGGCUUCUUUCUAUAUAAUAAAUUACACUUAAUAUUAUAAAAUUUUUGUGAUGUAGAUAAAUCUUGAAAUUGAUUUAUUAUUAUAUAAAAAUAGUCGUAUUAUCUAAUCUAGUCAUUGUAAAGUUGUAUAUACUAAUAUAUUAUAUAAAAAAAAUAAUUCAUUAAAAAAAUAUUCUAGUCUACUAGUCAAAAAAAGUACCUAUUUGAUGUCAAAAAUGUCACGAAAUUAUUAUUAUUAUUAUUUGUAGCAUCUGUAUUUUGUAAGUGUCCAUGCCGUGAUUAGAAAGACUAAAAAUAAUCUUUAUGUAAAUCUUGAAGUAAACAUUAUAUGCGAUGGGAAGAUAUGAAGUGGUCCUAUUCUAAAAAAAUACUAUAAUAAUAAGCGAAAUCCUAUCCUAUUUCAUUUUUAGGAACUGAAAAUAAA